AUGGCUCCUAACUUUGAUGAUGGCAAUUCACUGUACAACUUUGUGGUCAGAGAUGUCAAUGGAGUCAAAGGCAUGGUGGAUCUUGGCCUGGAGAAGGUGCCAGAGCAAUACAUUCAGCCACAGCAUGAGCGCAUAGACAAGCUCAAAGCAAGUUCCUAUGAUCGACUGCCAAUAGAUUUAUCAAUGCUUGAUGGACCUCAGAAAGUAGCGCUAGAGUUUCUGAAGGCAUCCAUCUCAAUGGUGAGAAGAAUACUAGAAGUGUUAAUGGAGAAGCUUGGAGUAACACUAGAGGAAUCAAGAAUCGACGACCUCAUUGGUUUAAAAAUGGUGAACAUGAACUUCUACCCCACCUGCCCCAACCCUGAUCUCACCGUUGGCGUGGGACGCCACUCUGAUAUGGGCACGUUAACGAUGUUGCUACAAGAUGGUAUCGAUGGAUUAUACGUGAAAAUGGAGGAAGACAUCACGAGUGGUGGAAAGAAGGGAGAGUGGGUGGAGAUACCACCCAUACCAGGUGCAUUGGUCAUCAAUGUUGGUGAUACAUUAUAG